AUGCAAAUAAAACAAAAGAACAUCUCUGAAAGCCAACGGAUGCAGGAGCAGGCUGCAAAUCAGGCGCAAAUCACGCGGAUUGAGGAGUUCAUCAACGAAGUUCUGAAGGAGGAGCUGCGGCAGCUGGAAAAGUGCAUUGGCCAGUUCAACGAGGAGAUCAUGGAGUACGUCCAGCUAAAGAACACCCUCCAAACCUUCGACACCCACUUGCCCGAGGGCUACAAAACGCAAGUGAACAUCGGCAGCAACAUCUUCAUGCAGGCACGCGUCCGCAAAAUGGACAGCAUCCUGGUCAAUGUGGGCAAGGAUGUGUACCUGGAGAUGUCCAUUCCGGAGGCGGAACGCUUCAGCGAGACCCGCGUCAAAAUCCUCACCAAGCAAUCCGAUGUCCUGCGCGAGGAGAGCAUCAAGAAGAGGGCCCAGAUCAAAAUGGCUUUGAUAGCAAUCAGCGAAAGAGCCAAUCUAAUCCAAAGCGAUUAGGAAAAAGGGGAUAAAGCGAA